AUGGAUCGUCAUGACAAAGAAAAAGAAAUGGCAUCAAUUCUGUUAUCUUCUUUGUAUGCUGAUCUACUGAGCUCCUACACAAUCAGUGAAGGUUUUAUGAUGCUUCUGGAGUCUACAGAAGAUCUGACUGUUGAUAUACCAGAUGCUACUGAUGUCUUGGCAGUUUUUAUUGCACGGGCUAUUGUUGAUGAAAUUUUACCUCCUGUUUUCCUCACUCGAGCUAGAGCACUACUUCCAGAAUUUUCCAAGGGCAUUCAAGUUCUGCAGGUUGUUGAAAAGAGCUAUUUGUCAGCUCGCCACCAUGCAGAGUUGGUCGAACGCAAAUGGGGUGGAAGCACACACUUUACUGUAGAAGAAGCGAAAAGGAGGAUUCAGAAUAUUCUCAGAGAGUAUAUUGAGAGUGGAGACAUAGAUGAAGCCUUUAGGUGUAUAAGAGAGCUUAGCCUUCCGUUUUUCCAUCAUGAGGAGUGUUUCGGCGAGGGGCUGAUAACCAUCAACCAGAUGAUCAAAGGCUUUGCCCGUGUCAAGGAAGGCCUUGAUGAUCUGAUCCUCGGCAUCCCGAAUGCUCAGGAGAAGUUUGGAAGGUAUGUGGAGCUCGCAACAGAGCGCGGCUGGCUGCUGCCGACCUUCGCCUCCAUUCCCUGA